UAUUAAUUAAAAAAUAAAGAAAAAAAAAAACACUUCCUUCACCACCCGUCUUAUCUUUUUGGUUUAUACUUUGUCUCUCACCCCCAUUUUCGCGAAAAACGCAGACGGAAGAAGAAAAACGAACAAAAUAUAAAACUCGAGCAAUCGCCGCAGCUCUUCGGAGUCGACUCACCUUCAACUCGCUUGCUGCCAUUGUUUUACCAUUUCUCCCAUGUUAAUCAAUCCAAUAACGUUUAUAUCUGCUCUCGAUUGAGAAAGAAACGAAAAGAAACCCUAAUAUAUUGCGAUUAAUAGAUUCAAAUUGGGGGCAAAAAAGUUUGGGAAUGGAAUUGGGUAUGAUUGAGUUUUGAAUUGAUUAUAUGAUAUUUUAUUGAGUUGUGAUUGGUUUAAAAGUUGGAUAUUGUGAAAUUUGUGGUGGAAUUGGAAUUUACUUUUGAGGAAUUGGGAAAUUAGGGUUUUCAAAUACGGGGAAGAAAUUGAUAGAAAUAGGUUAAGGGGGGAUAAUGUGUAUGUUCUGUGUGAUUCAGAAGUGGUCGCGAAGGGUUGCUACUAUGCUGCCUUGGUUAGUCAUUCCGCUUAUUGGGUUAUGGGCUUUAUCUCAGCUGUUACCGCCUGCAUUUAGGUUUGAGAUCACGUCACCGAGGUUGGCUUGUGUGUUUGUGUUGUUGGUUACUUUGUUCUGGUAUGAGGUAUUGAUGCCGCAAUUGUCUGCUUGGCGAGUGCGAAGAAAUGCUCGGUUGAGGGAGAGAAAGAGGAAUGAGGCGUUGGAAUUGCAGAAGUUGAAGAAAACUGCCACUAGGAAGUGUAGGAAUUGUUUGACACCUUACAGAGAUCAAAAUCCUGGUGGGGGGAAGUUUAUGUGCUCUUAUUGUGGACAUAUAUCAAAGAGACCUGUUUUAGAUUUGCCUGUUCCUCCUGGGAUUUCAAAUUCUGGAAUUAUUAAGGAUUUGUUUGGAAAGGGAGGGAAGAUUUUGAAUGGGAAGCCGUGGUCAGACAAUGUGUCCCUUUGCAAUCAAGAAUGGAUGGAGAAUGGGAGUUGGGUUGUUAAUAGGUCAUUUCCUGUUAGGUCUUCUUUUCCUCCACGGAGGAAUAAUGCUGGAUUUUUUGGAAGAAAUGAACCUUGCUUGGCUGAGAAGUCUUAUUCUGGUGGUUAUUUUUUCACUUGCAAACUGUUGACAUCAUUUUUGCUGAGUAUAAGGUGGCUUAUGAGAAAACUCUUUAGAAUUAGUUCGUCGGAGGAUUCUUUAUCAGAUUCUGAUCAUAUGGGAAUGAUGUCUAAGAAGGAAAAUGGCAGUGCAGGUCCUGAGAGCAGAGGGGAGAAGGCUCGGCGAAAAGCUGAAGAGAAGCGGCAAGCGAGAUUAGAGAAAGAACUGUUGGAGGAGGAAGAAAGAAAGCAAAGGGAGGAGGUAGCGAGAUUGGUUGAGGAGCGCAGGAGGUUGCGGGAUGAAAAGAUAGAGGCUGAGAAUCGUGCAAAAGGAACCUCUUCAUUGAGGGAGAAAGACAAUAAGAGGGAAGCUGAGAAAAGGAGGCAAGAGAGGCGAAAGGAAAAAGACAAAGGAUCUAGUAAGAGCAACUCUGAUGUUGACGAGUUGGACAAGAAAGCCGGGAAGGAAAAUGACUGGAAACGGGAGAGCGAUAGAAAGAAUGAGACUGAUCGACGUGAGUCACCAAAGUCUGGAGUAGACUCUGUGAAGGGCCAGACCAGUGAAACAGGUUAUAAUGCAAAGAGUAGUUUUACAAACAGUUUUAGUCGAGGGAAUGUUGGUUCUAGAUAUUUAGACCGUAUGAGAGGCACUUUUUUGUCUUCUUCUAAGGCAUUUACUGGCAGUGGUUUUUUUGGCAAAGCUGCCCCAUCUGCUGGUUCUGCUUCAAAAGAAAUCAAGUCUAAUAGUUCGGUUGAACCUUCUCUAGUUUCAAACAGCAAGCGUGAUAUUCUCCCAUCAGAGCGUCAUCCUGGGAGAACUGUUAUACAUGCUGAUGAUAAGAGCAAUCCUCACCCUGUCUCUUCAGAUGCGCAGCGUAAGACACAACCAAAGUCGUGGCAACAAUUAUUUACACAAACUCCUUCACAUCCUAAUGUAACUAGUAGACCAAGUGCAAAAUCCCAACCAGAAGGUCAAAGUACUCAACAUCUGGGCUCAAUAUCUUCUGCGUCGUUUUACGAUAACCCAAUUAAUUUGCCUUCUCCCUUUAUGCUGCCUUCCUUUUCAAGUGGGCUUCUGACUAAUAACUCUAGCCUACCAGGGGCAAAAGACCCCUUUUUUUCUGGUGGUUUGAACAAACCUCAUGAUUUAUUACCUGAAGAGCCAGAGUUGUUUGAGGACCCGUGUUAUGAACCUGAUCCUGUUUCACUUCUUGGUCCAGUUUCAGAAUCACUUGAUAAUUUUCAGCUGGACCGAGGCAAUAGCUUUGUAAAGGAUGAUUUUGAAAAAUCUAGUCCUUUAAUUAAUGUUUCAAGUCCUUUGGAAAUCACCAGACCUUCUCCAAUUGAAUCUCCCUUGUCAAGACUCAGAGUUGGUGAUGAAAAGCCGAUUAACCCUAGCCAUUUCUCUAGUAGUCCUAGGGCCCUCGAUACGAACAACUUUCCAGCUCCUGAGCUGAAUGAUGUAAAUGAUAAAGGAACAUGGCAUAUGUGGAAUUCUUCACCUCUUGGUCCUGAUGGUUUGAGUUUAGUGGGAAAUUCUGCCAGCUGGAUUACAUCACUAGAGCGAAGCAGACUGAAAAAUGAUGAUAUGAUGCAUCAAUCUCCACAGAAGACUAUGGCUUCUUUGUUUACAAAAGAAGGAUAUAGUGCUUCUGGAACACAUUCUCCUCAGCAUCUAUUCAUGGGGAAUGCUCAAAGUUGUAAUCCCUUUGGUGUCUCUGUUCCAAGUCCUAAUGAUCAAGAUCAAUGGAUGCACAAGGCCUUUUUUCCACCUCUGUGUAGCAGUGAGAGUCAUCGUCCAAUUAGUCCCCCGGAAGAAACUUUAGAGAAGCCAAUUAUAUUUGGGAGUCCUAACAGGGUUGCAGCCGAUGCUCUUGAUCCAUCCACAGCUAAAUGUUGGUCCAAUACGGAAUGGUCUGUUCCUGGCUCAGACAGUAAUGAAUGGUCUCUUCCGUGCACUGGAGAAGGUGUUAGAAACCCAUCGGUUGUAAGACCUCCUAUCGGUGGCUUAUAUUCACACCCAGAUGUACAGUCACUUUGGUCUUUUGAAUGAAACUGGAAAAAUUUUAUAAAAGAACAGAACUUAUGAGGAUGCUCCUUAAUAUACAUGUCGUUAACGAGGUAUCAACCUCUUUUGAGGCAAAUCAGAUAUGUUUACUUAUAUUAGCAAUGGGUUAGGAAUAUAAACAGGCAUGCAUGCUUAUAGUGCAUCCAAAAAAAAAAAAGAAAAAAAAGUAAUCAGUAAUCACUGAUUUUUGAUCCCUUUCCAUGUUCCAUGUUUAUACUCUCUAGUAUCUACGUCUCUUUAUCAUCCUCGAGCCGGAGGACUCCUUUGGCCGUGCUCUCCUUUAUGGGUAUGAGUUGCCGUCGUCUUUCCCUCUUCAGAUCUUGUCCUUAGUUUUCUAUGAGCGGGAGACACUAGGUUGGAUGAUGAUGAUGAUAAUUACCAUUAUUCUCCGAUCCUUGAUUUUAGUUUGAGCUAUGGUUGAGACCCAAGAGGUGUUUGUACAUAAGAAAAGGGCUUUCGAAACGCGUAGAAUUUGUUAUUUUGUUAUUGUGGGAGCUGACUUAGUAGCGUAAAUUUAUGUGAUUUUAUAGAUCUAAUAAUCUUUAAUUUGAUUCAAAAUGAUCGACUUGACUUACUUUUUUAGCCAUGGAGUAACAAAAUUAAUGUAUUUAGCAUAUUCAAUGUGUGGUUAACAACAAAAAUCGAUCAACAAAAAAUCAUGAAAUUUUCUUUUACUAUUCAAAACACAAUUUCAAUUUGAAACAACCAAUAAAAUUUAACUCAAAACAUCAAUAGGGCUGUUGGAUAAUCUAGUUUUGUCUCAUUUAAUGUAUUACUUUUGUCAAAUAGACAAAAGUCAUGUGUUCGAAUUUUAAUUUUCAACCACUUUCUUUUUCUCAUCUUAAUUUCGUAACCAAUUUUUUUUCUGUUAAUA